CAAACUCCUCACUGAACUAAUUACAAUAAGUCCUACGAACAGGCUAUAUCCAGCAAGCUCUAUCCUUUAUAUCGUUAAUGCAUUUUAAAAGUUUCGAUUAACUGUAGUUCUGGCAAAACUUUUAUCGCAAAUCUGGGUCAUCACUGAAGCAUUUUCUUGAAUUUGAAAGGUAUGAAUAAUUCCACUCAGACCAACCACACAACGCCUGAUUCAAGUGCGCAAACGAUAAACAGUACCACAUUAUCAGCAUUACCUGUUUUAGCUUGGAGUGCAGCAUACGGCACUGUGGCUGUUAUGGCUGUCUUUGGCAAUUCAAUGGUCAUCACUGCAUUUGCACGGAACGCCGGGCUGCACACACGUACGAAUUUUUUUGUCGUAGGCCUUGCAACAGCUGAUCUACUUAUUGGGAUGUUUGCGGUCCCUCUCUUCAUCAGCUUAUUCUGGCACUACACAAGGAAUGCUUCAAUACCAGAGGGUCUUGCCAAAGUCUUUGACGCAGUGGAUAUUUUUUCUUCCUUUGCUUCGAUUUUUCAACUGAUGUUAAUAAGCCUUGAAAGAUGUUAUGCCAUUUUAUACCCAGUUAGCCACAGGAACUCAUCUAAGUUGGUCUAUGUAUUAGUUCUAGUGUCCUUUUGGCUGUUCUCUGGAAUCUUAGCCAUGACACAAGCCUUUGGCAAGACUAAUCUUGGGCUAAAGAAAGCCUUUUUUACAUUAAUGUGGAUAUGUUAUGUUGUUUCAUUCCUGGUGAUAUGUGUAGCUUACAUGGGCAUAUGGCGAAAAGCCAAGAGGCGAGGAGGUUAUGGAUUCCAACGUAAAAAAAGACGGCAAGACCGCGAAGUUAUGAUUGCUAUUACUGUACUUAUAGUUAUAGUGGUGUUCAUUGUAACUUGGCUACCGUUUUUUACAAUGAACGUUCUGUUUUUCUAUGACCCAGCUAAAGGUAAAGGAGUCCCAUAUGAGGUGGUUCAGUUUUCUAAGCUCUUACACUAUUCCAACUCAGCAAUAAAUCCUAUUAUCUAUUCACUUAAAAUCCCUGGUUUUAAGAAAACUUUCACAAGUCUUCUCAGAAGGGAAUCCCGUUCAAAUGGGCGGUCGAGAACAUUCAGUCUCACUCGUAGAGACUCUACUCGCAAUUCAACAAGAAAGCCAUCCACACCUGUGUAAUAACAAUCCUUAAGUAUACACUAACCAUUGAAAAAAAAACUCUUUUGUUAUGCACAGUGGUAGAUUUUAGAACGCAGAGGGUACAAACUAGCCUUCACUUAAUAUUAGCAGAAGGAUUGGGUUAGUUAUAGAAGUUUAAAAAAAAGAAGAAAUAAAACGAAGUCAAAUACGUGCAUGUACCGUAUGAGGUGUAAGAGUCAAAUCGCUGAAAAGCAAGCACAGGAUUUGAUAUACAGCUAUUUCAAAAAGAUUUUGUUGGAUGUUGCGUCUUGCAUACCAAGUUCGAAAUGCGCUAAGAGCGAUGCAAAUGUAAUUAGAGAUCAAGAAAAGAUACCACAAUAUGGAACUUUUCCAAACAUGCAAAAUUAUAAAAUAUGAUAAAUAUUAAAUGCGGGAUCACUAAAGAAGUAGUCAGCUUAGCAGCCGUUUUUCGUAUCGGUCAAAAAGCUUCCCUCCCUCGGACGUCUGCUCAAUCGAACCUAUAUUCCUCUCCCAUUCUUUGGGCAAACACUGUUAACCUACUAUCUGUAAAUCUGGUAGCUCGAUCCUGGUUGGCUAAAAUAGUAGCAGCGUUGACAAAGUACAAUUUAUUGCGGGGGAAAUUAUAUAUUUUAGUUUUGAUUUCCCUCGAGUCUCGAUGUUUCCUUGGCUUCGCCUCGGGAAACAUGGACACUCUUAGGCCGGAAAAUAGAAUUGUUUCCCUCAAGAAUAGACAUUAAGUGCAUAAUACAAUGAACUAUUAGGGAAUAUUUGUUAGUAAACGUUAGUAAAAGUUCGCUAACCCUUCCCAAACAAAGGAGCAUUACUUAUAAAAGGCUAAUAAGAAAUAUAUGUUUUAAUUAUGAAAUUAAAUGUUUUAAUUAAUUAAUGUAAUUUGAUUAAUCUUACUUGAGUAAAACAAGUAUAAGUCUUAUGAGGACAUGUCCCUGGACAACUCAAAUAGAAGCUUAAUUUAUGUAAUUAUACUAGCUGGAAAAACUCAAUAAUGGCGAAUAAUU